AUGAAGACGGCGGAGCGAGCAUCGCAAGGCGCAUGGUCUUGGAGCGCUGCCAAUAUGUCAUGGCUUCAGCGCACUAGGCACGCAGGCCGCACGGGGAUGCUAACGGCAAAGCAGGUGCGUGCCCUGUUGCCUACUGACGCAUCAGACGCCCCGUCCCUAGCACCCGCUGGCACAGUAUUCACAGGUCUGUCGAUUUAUAAGGACAAGCCUGAUCCUGUGGCCUUGCCUGACAAUCAAUACCCAGAGUGGCUGUUCGAGCUGCUGGACGAUCCGGCAAUUAAUCAAAGCAAAGCCCUUAUGGUGGGUGACGUCGAUACGACAGGUAUGUCUAAGGGUGAAGCACGUUCGGCCUUGAAGCGCAGCGCCAAGAUGGCGCGUGCUGCAGCAAAGAAGCAAGCCGCUUUAGAAGCCAAGGAGAAGCAACGUCUAGAAAGGAUGACCGACGCCCAGCGAGCCGCUGCUUUGAAAGCCACGGAAAAAGCUGCUGAAGAAGCUGUACCCAAAACACCAUCGGACUGGUUCGCCAAGGAACGCUCGGAGCGUCGCGCGUUGCGGAAGUCAAGUCGGGCCAGCAUUAAAGCCAGUAACUUUGUUCGCGCAGCCUGA